UACAUGAAAUUCAGCGGUAUCCGAACAUGGCCUAAUUCUCUCUCAUCGGACCCAGUCCUCUAUCUCACUUUCUCUCUCUAGGAUUCGGUUGAAACCCAAACCCUAACUUCGGUUCCCCAGCGGCAACCACAGGGGAGAAGCUCUGGGAUUCAAUCUUGUUGAAUGUGUGUAGCUACACAUUCACGGCGAAGGAAGCUCAAUCUUCGACGAUGGACUUCCCGAACGACGAUUUCCUUGAGCUUCCGAUUGGGAACUCCGCCGAGUCGUUGCAGAGGUUCUUGGCUUCGCAGAGAGACCUCUUCCACAGCCAGAUCGAUCAGUUUCAGGAAAUCGUCGUCACGCAAUGCAAACUCACCGGCGUCAAUCCUCUCUCUCAAGAAAUGGCAGCUGGUGCUCUUUCAAUAAAGAUCGGUAAAAGACCAAGGGAUUUAUUAAAUCCGAAGGCCGUUAAUUACAUGCAAUCUGUUUUUUCUAUUAAGGAUGCAAUUAGCAAGAAAGAAUCUCGAGAGAUUAGUGCUUUAUUUGGUGUCACAGUAACACAGGUGUUCAUAGCACCUCCUGUUUCAUAUAAUUGCUCUUUGGAGAAAGCAUUAAAAUCUAAUUCUUGUGAAGAACCUCAGGAUGAGCUAAUAAACUCUGAUCCUAUGAGACCAAUAAAUCCAGCUCCCUUAAAUUCUAUCAUGCCCAGCAAUGCUGAAGGCGCAUCUUGUUCAACGCAGGAUGCAGCUUUGUCUGACCUAGAUGACUUAGAUAAGAAAUUUGUUGAUAAUAUUUUUAGUCUAAUGGAGAAGGAGGAGUCAUUUUCUGGGCAGGAGAAACUGAUGGAGUGGAUAUUGACAAUACACAACUUUUCAGUGUUGUUGUGGUUUCUGACCAGAGGAGGUGUGAUGAUUUUAGCAACUUGGUUGAGUGUAGCAGCUGUUGAAGAGCAAACAAGUGUCCUCCUUCUUAUCUUGAAGGUUCUUUGUCAUUUGCCUUUACACAAAGCCCUUCCUACACACAUAUCAGCUAUAUUGCCGUGUGUUAAUAGAUUGCGGUUCUACAGGACAUCAGAUAUAUCAAACAGGGCAAGGGUUUUGUUAUCGAAGUGGAGCAAAUUAUUAGCAAGGGACCAAGCAAUGAAGAAACCCAAUGGCGUUAAACUUUCUAAUGAUGGUCAAAAAGAUAAAAUGUUCUCUCAAAGUAUUGGUCAAAUUAUGGGCUCUGAAUCAUGGGAUUCAAAUAUGAAUGUCCAUGAAGACAUUCUUGCUCUCUCUAAUGAUCAUUCAGAUAAUUUCAGGAAACUGGAAUCUUCCCAUGCUGUGAAAUUGUUGCCAUCCAGCUCAGAUGAUUCUAAUAAGAAGCUUGCUCUUGGUGUUUCUUCAUCUCAAUCAAAUGGCCCUAGAGAGCGCAGAAAAGUGCAACUGGUGGAACAGCCAGGCCAAAAAUCAGUGACCAGAAGCCCACAGGCGACAAGAGUAGCCCCUAUAAAUCAAGGUCGUCCUAUGUCUGCUGAUGAUAUACAGAAAGCAAAAAUGCGUGCUUUAUUCAUGCAGAGUAAGUAUGCAAAAAAUGGGUCUUCCAAGGAAAAUAAAAAUGUGAAGAUCGAUGGUUUGCAUAAGCAUCAGACAAAUCAGGCCAGUAUUGCAGCUUGCUCUGCUAAAGUUCCUGUUCCACCCAGAAUUGAAGAUGAUAAAAGGACCUCAUUGCUUCCCUCUAGUAAGGCCACUAAUAGGCUGGAAACAUCUUAUUCUAAACCUAGAACGGAUGCAAAUGAACCAGUGUGGGAGAAGUGCAAGAGGGUGCAAAUCCCAUGGAAGACACCAGCAGAAGUGAAACUCAGAGAUACAUGGAGUGUUGGUGCUGGUGAAAAUAGCAAAGAGGUUGAUGUCCAGAAAAACAGAAACCGCAGGGAGAAGGAAACUAUUUAUCAGACUGUCCAAGAGAUACCAUCUAAUCCCAAAGAGCCAUGGGACCUCGAGAUGGACUAUGAUGACACUUUGACACUGGAAAUUCCCAUUGAACAGCUGCCGGAUGUUGAUGGUGCAGAACUAGCAUUUGCCCCUGAUGAGGUUGCAACUCAUGCUGUUCAAGGCGUACCCACACCGUCUUCAACCAGUAAUGUAGCUGAUACUGCUCAACCUGACUUGGAACUGCUAGCAGUGUUACUUAAAAAUCCAGACUUAGUAUUUGCCUUAACUUCGGGACAAGGUGGUAGCAUCCCAAGUGAGGAAACCGUGAAGGUACUUGACAUGAUCAAGAGAGGUGAUAUGAACUUGGGUACACAUGAUACAAAUCAUGGAAAUGGCAUUAGUGCAAAGCCCACAGAGAAGGUGGAAGUUUCACUCCCCUCACCAACUCCUUCAAGUGAUCCAAGAACGGUGCGUGACUUGAGUUCAUACUACAACUAUUUGUCAAAGAUGUUAUCAUGUUUGAUAUCUUCCAUUGCAGUUCCAUGCACACUCCACUUAGCCAUCUCAGCUCGAAAUGGUGGAUGGAGCACAAUGCCACCAAAGAAUCCCUUUUCACGGCAAAGCUUAGCACCAGCUAGAAGCUAUCCUGCAGUGGCAACUACCAACUUAAUAUCUCAGGUUCCAGCAAUCGGCACUACAGUAAUAAGGCAGCAGCCAACAAUGGCGCUUCCAUCUUCAAAUCCAUUCACUAGCACAGUAGUUUCUUCAUAUUCACUGCCUCAGGCAACUAUUGUACCUGAGAUAGAGAUGCAACCACCCCUCGCUCUUUCCUCUCUGCAUGUACAACAAACACCACUCUCAGAUAUAGGUUUAACCAUGAAGAACAAAACUAGUACAAAUCCGUCUUCAGUUAACUUACCGGGCGCACAUUCACCUUUAGCGAUGCGGGUCAACGGCACCAGUAAUGUAAAACCAGUACCUAAUAUGAGUGUUGAAGACGGUUUGUCUAAUUCAUUUCCCCAAUCCUUCAGGUUGGCCUCAACAACCCCUUCACUUUCAGCCACACAACAACAACAAAGACAUGCACACUUGGCCUCUCAGCAAGCCCAUUUCCCUGAACCUUCAUACCGCAACAGUGUACAUUCCUAUCCACCACCACAAAUUGAAAAACCAGGUCAAGUUUCAGAUUCUUGGAGAGUUAGGCAAGAUGUGCCAUCAUCCAGUUACCAUUCCAAUAGAAAUCAAAACUACUAUGACAAUGCAUAUGUUGGGGGUUCCAUGCAGGCUGGUCCUUCUUGGGAUAGAAACAAUCAUGCAACAAGGGAACAAUAUGAAACAUGGAGCCCAGAUAAUAGUCCAACUAGAAAUCCUAGGUAUGUUCCUGGUAGGAGUUACCCAGAGUCCAGAGUGAAUCAGCAUGGAAGAAACCAUAGGCCUGAUUGGUCAAGGCAGCGUGGUUCUUCUGGACAUUGGGACCCUGCUAGGCAGGGAAACAGAAAGUGGCAUGACGAGAGACGAUGAUUACUCUGUUCACAAAUGAUAUAGUUCGAAGGAUUUUUACUUUAUUUUUUACGUCACUCGUUAAUAUUCCCGAUGUACAGUAGAAUUUGAUUGUGUCAUCCUGAUGACAAGGAUUGUCCCUUUGAGAGAGAGAGAGAGAGAGAGAGAGAGAGAGAGAGAGAGAGGAAGAGGCUCCCUAAAAGCAUAAAACUGGCUUCGGUUGGAAGUGGAUGUAGUGUAGGAUAAGCGUAAUGUUCAAGUACUCGCGGAUGUCAAGAUUCUUUUCUACUUGUAUGUCAAUUUUAUAAAGAUCUCAAUCCGAAUUCUGAUUUUUCAAAAAAGGAAAAAAGAAAAGAGAGAAAGAAUGGUUAUGUUUUUGGUUUUU